ACUUGGGUACGUGUAUUACAACGGCAAGAGUGCCAGCACCAACAAAAGAUUAUUGGACUGCUCCUCUGUUUCACCAAGCAUACUAAUCUUACAACACAAAGUAUGCCAAGUGCCUCUAUGUGACAUCACCACCAGCUGAUCACGCACAAGAGAAAAAUAAUUAGACUAGAGUGUUAUCUUUUCUUGAGAAGCUGGGAUUGAAGGAGCUGUUUUGAGAUCUGUGCUGCUAGUAAGUGACUGGAUUGGUCCCUGAGUUCAGAGACUGAGUUGCAAGUGAAUGAAAAAUAGACAACGAAAUCUUGAAGAAUUGCACUGAAGUGCAAGCCAGAUUUAACCCUCUUCAAGUAAUACUGUUUGAACUGAGAAAUUGCUAAGCCAAACCUGUUACAGGACUGAUUAUUUGGGUAUCUCUGUCAUUGUUACCUCUUGCUGUUACAUUGUUCCUUGUUCUCUCUUUCUAAGUCCAGAUGUUCUCUGAUAAUUCACAUUGCCCUGACUGUGGGCAACAGUGGUUCCCUAGUUUAGAACUAGGCCAUUGGUUAUACCAAACUGAACUUGUUGAAAAUGAAUGUUACCAGGUCUUCUUAGACCGUAUUAAUAGGGCUGAUUAUUGCCCUGAAUGCUAUCCUGAUAAUCCUGCCAAUAGAAGCCUUGUUCUUCCUUGGUCUUUCCCACUUGAAUGGGCUCCCCAAAAUCUCACCAGGUGGACCUUUGAAAAAGCUUGUCAUCCAUUUCUUCUGGGUCCUCCACUGGUUAGAAAAAGGAUCCAUGAUUCCAGAGUAGCUGGUUUUAACCCGGCUUUACAGUUAAUCUUGACCAGAACAGAUAAAACCUUAAAUAAGAAACUUGGCCAAAACAAGUAACUUCUUAACAGUCAGAAUCAUGGAGACUGUAAAGGAUUUGUGUUAGUAGCUCAGAGAAUAUGAAAUAAGAAUUCAUUUAUAUUUUAUCUUUCUCUUGCUCUUUUUUUUCUCUCUCUCUCUCUCUCUCUCGUGUGUGUGUGUGUGUG